CUUUUCAGUUGAGGACUGAAUUAAAGUAAAUGCACUGAGGAAUGGACAGCCCAGAGCUUGAGUGGACUCAGCUGUCCAAAAUAUUCUGCUGUGAUUGAAGGGUGUGUUUUUUGUCAAAUAAAAAAUGUACUUUCCACUACUAAAGCUCUUCCUCUUGUGUAUUUGAAUUGGGAACUUUUAUUUCAUCAAUUAACUUGACAGAACAUGCAUGCAAAGAGACAACCAAAAUAGUGGUGGGUGCUGGGCUCCACACACCGCACUGAACGCUGCCAUGCGCCAGCACUGAGCGCUCCUCAUCCCACUGAGAUACAGAGGUUUGGAGUGCAGGCACGGCUGUGAGCUAUUUGUGCUUAACAGCUGAUCUUUGGAAGAGAAGUGCUGUGGGAUAAUUUCUUUCGGUUUGAGUUUGCACGUUGUGUGACUAUUAAAAACUUCAAGACGACUGUUAAGUAAAGACAGCUCCUUGAAGUGCCAGAUGGAAAAGAGCAAGAGAAACGCCUGCUGUUUAGCACAGAGAGGGGAUUUUUGCAAGUUGUCUUUUGGGGUCUUCCCCAGUCUGCGCAGUUGCUGUGCUGCAGUUUCUGUGCUGGGGCCUGUUGAGACGUUACGUAUGUAAGCGAGAUGAAUUUCCUCUCGUUAAUUGUGUGGAAGCCAGAAUGCUGGCUUCAUACAGCAUCUUCAUCACGUGCUGACAGGUCUGCACCACCACACUGCACCACGUUGCUGAAAUCACCACAGCUCCUUCUUAAUUCCUACCCAUUCUGUCCAGUGAGAGCUCUUACGGACAGGGCGGACAUUUCUGCUGCUCUAGAAAUGUGCUGGCUUUUUGAAACGCUGUCGUGGCCGGUGAAAUACAAUACUGGCUGUUUGGUUUGGACCAGAGACCCCUUGAUUCAUUCUUUCGCAGGGCAGUCGACCAUGUUAUUACAUCCAUUUUCUGUGGAUCUCGUUCAGUGCCUGUGUUUAUACAUAGCUUGGAAUAAUUGGAAAAUGUGAAAAAUGCCGAGUAUUCUUCAGUUGGCUAAAAUUUGAAAAGGGCGUUUUUUCCUGCCGGCAUCUGGAAGUCAGCCAGGUGAAAGUUAACAUUCCCACAAUACCUUUGCUGUGGGAUAAUGGGCAAGUUCAGGGCAGCAUUCUUCUGUUGGUUGGAUAAACAGACUGCUGUCCAAGGCUGCGCUGCAGCUAUUGCUGAACGUGGAAGCAUUGCUGUUUGCUCUCACAGUUGUUGCUUUGUUGAUGGUUUUGCCACCCCUGCUCCUUCUGAAACACGGCAGUAGGGAGCUGGUGUGCCGUUGUCUGCUCUGGGCACGUGUCCUUGUCAUUUCUUUUAUUUUGAUUCUCCAAGAGGAAUGCAGUGUGUGCUGCCUCAAAGGAAUAGUUUUCUGCAUGAAGAGCCAUGCGUAGCAGUGACCUUUCUAGCCAGGUGAAUGUUCAUUCUUGAUCUUCAGUAGCGUAGUCAGAAACCUAGAGAAUUUCAGAGAUGCUUUAUGUUUAGUCUGUGGUUUCUUGGGCUGCUGUAUAAACAUUGCUCUUACUGAAAAUCAUCUUAGCGACUUAGGAGAUUUUUGGGUUAGUGCCUUUCUACCAGAGUGUCUUUUCACCUUCAGUGGCAAUAUCUUCAUAGGAGGAUGUGUGGCUUUUCAUUAUUUGAUGCUUAGUCAGAAGGGUGGGAAGCAGCUUUCACUUCUAAGAAUUCCAUUUUGGCUGAGAUCUGAAUUGGCAAAAGAAGGUCACUGAGGAAACUUGAUCUUCCAUGCUGUAUGGAUGGGUUCAGACACAGCCAUGCAAUUAUUUCCCUUCGUUCCCUGGUGUUGCUGAGGUCCUUCCAUGCAUUGAAGCUAGUAAACGAACCCAGAUUUCAGUGUAUGUAAGCUGCAUUUUCCAAGCAGUGCGUAGGCCUGCUGUCACGCAAUCCGUGCAUUCACAUCAGGAUGAAGUCAGUAGGAUCAGUGUAGGCGCUUGUAAUGUUCCGUUCUCACACAUAGUGCAGCAAAACAGUAAAAUGCAAAUGCUCUGAAAUGUGCUGGUGGUGGGAUUUCCAAAUUCCAUUUCCGUGACUGUAAUUUGUCAUCAGUUCUAAACCUGUAAUACCUUUUAAUAUGCUUUCAGGAACUAUAUGGGAAGAAAAGCACUGUUGCUUACCUGAUUAAAAUGAAGACAUACUAAGAAACAGAAAUCUACCGUGCUGUCUUCAGUUUGUGUUCACUUAGAACAUGGGUUUUAUGGACCUUUCAGUUGGAGGUUAUUUAUUUCUCUGCACUGUACAGAGCAGCUACUUGAACUGCUGGUUUUAUUGGCUAUAAGCGUCAGUAUCUUGGAACAGGCUAUAUUUAGACAUGUAGCAUUCUUUUCUAUUUCACAUUUCUCAGCCUCCUUGCGUAAAGUAAGUCUGCUUAUUCCACAUCUGUAUGUGCGUGUGCAUACGUGUGUGGAGUAUAUAUACCUUAAUUUCCUGUGUGAACAUCAAACUUCUUUUUGCUGUAGCACAGAAAGCGGUAGCAUCUUCUUAUCAGUUGUGAAGCCAUCCUUCAUGUACAUAAACACUUACAAUUACAUCAGGUGUGUGUGCAUCGUUCUGCAAGCUGCUUGUGUGCAGGUGGGUGUGUGUUCAUUCCCAACGUCCCUGAUUUAGCAAGUAAUGCAGCAAACUGCCUCGCUCUGCAAGCAGCUCUGCUGCCUGAUUGCAGAACCCCAGUGCGACUCGGUAUGAAUAGGGAACAAAAAGCAGGACCUUCGAUGAAGACAGAAAAUAAAAUCCUAAUGAAAGAUGUGCACUGAAUAGUAACUUGGCUUUCAUGUCUACCAACUGUGAAACCUCCGUAAGAAUUGCUGCUAUUGUGCGAGUGUUCCCUCCUUCCUAAUAGAAGUGUUCUGUAUCCUGUUUUUCUUGUUGACUAGAGAAUGACAGCUUUUACAAGUAUUGUAAUGAUGAAGUGCCAUUAGCUGUAUACCAUUCAUGUCUUAAAUUGCAUCCUUUGUGGUGUUCCUUGCUAUUCUUGUAAAAUAGUUGGGUAUGGUCAGGAUCUUGAUUUCCAGCACUUCUGCUUUCUUUUUUUUUAUUUUCUUGUUUUGUAGGUUAUUCAUUUUUUUGUUGAAUUAUGUGUAUUUCUGUGAUCAGUUGGCAUGGAAACAUGGCUGCUUUGUAAACCGGUUGCCUUUAACGUUAAUUUGCAGGUACUUGUUUUUCAGUGUGAGAAUGGAAGCCAUUUAUGUUCUUCAUCAUUCCCCAUCAUUAAUACUCACAUGCUUUCUGACUCAACAUAAAUUAUCUUUCCUUCUGUCUUCAGUUGUUAAAAUGUACCUUUUUUAAAGGGGAUGGGUGAUUUCAUGGUGAGAUGUAUGUUUCACAUGGAAGAAAGUCAGAGGCUUGCUUUGAUCAGUAGUGAAGGAGGAAUGCUUCCACCAUUACUCUGUGACUGGCUAAUGGGUUUCUGGAAUACCUCUGUGUGGGCAAAAGGCAGCCUGCAGCCUGGCCACGAUCGCUGUGGCGUUGUUGGUGACGUGGUGGUAUGCUUCAGGGACUGCUGCUUGGAGAGAAACAAGUCUCACCAUUGUGUCUCUAUGAUGAAGAAUAGCUGGACUGUCAGCGCAUGUUCACAUCUCUAGAAAUGUGAAACUGUUAGAGUACGUGCUAUUUUAAGUGUAGGUAACUAAAUAACUAAUUGAAGACGUAUUAUAAGCAGGUGCAGAUUGUUUGCUCUCAACGUAGUUGCUUUCAAGUUCCUUAGGAUCGAAUCUCAUUUUAAUUUCUAAUAGUUCAGAGCGUUGUUUGGAGAGCUUUAUACAGAUUGGAUAUGUGGAAUAGAAAUAAGGUCUGAAUUAAUUUACUUUGGCUUAUACUUUUCCAUCCUGUUCCAGGCUUCAAAUGCUUCAUUUCGGGAACUGUUUCACAGUGCCUGCGCCUUGAGUGCUAUUUCGUGGUCUCACACAGCAGCUGUAUGGCCCAUUUCUUUUUCUUAAUUUCUCCACAUUUUUAAAAAUAAACAAUCAGAAAACAGAACACUGCAGGUUUGAACCCCACGUUUUAAUAUUUAAUGCUCAAUUUAAAUAGCUUGAAUGAAAAAUCACUGGUUUGGUUCAUACUAAACUCCUCUGUUGACGCUCUUCUGAGCUUUCAUGUUGUUUGGAAGUGAUUUUCUUGGAGGUGAGGGGUUUAGGAGCAGAGAUGAGGGCUUCUUGUCGUGCUUUUGGCAGUUUGCAGAUCAGAUUCUCACUGCCCGCAGUGCAGCUGUGAAAGAAGUUGGGCUGUGCCGCUUCCUGUGUGACAGCAGCUCCUCAUACACACUGUAACCAUUUAUCCCCGCUUUCCCACCCUCUUCCACCCCAUUCUCUCAUAACAAAUAGUUCUGUUAAGAGCAAAAAACAAACAUGUCUCACCCUUUUGCCAUCUCUUCCCAUCUCGAUGUUCUUGUCAGAGUAGCUGGAGAUGAGAUCUGUUUUUUCCCUGCCUGUUGUAAACUGCUUUUAAUUUUUUUUUUCCUCUCCAUCGUUUCUCGCAGAGCCUGAUGGCAUUGCUGAUCCUGGAAAAGUAGCAGCCACAACCACUGUGCUGGGGGGGCAAGGGGGGAAAUCUGCUGAUAGGCUUAAUCCCCAUACAGAAUUGUAACUUUUCUUGGUUAGACUGAGCUCCUCUUUCAUUUUCUCUCUGCAGCUCAGUUUUUCAAUACUUGACAUAACUUCUUACUGCUGUUUUUAUUUGUCAGGAUUGCUUGUUUAUUUGUCCUUGAUUGUCACCCUGCAGUGCUCCCAGCUCAGCAGUUCACACUGGUGGGGAACGUAGGUUUGCACAGCCGAUGCCAGUUGUGUGGUUUGGGCUUGGGUGUCCCCAGGUCUCAGGACAGAGCUGGCUUCACUGCGUUUGCUGCCACUUGAUCCCAGCUCUGUGCAGUGCUGGGAAGGGAGUGUCUGUCUUCUGUUCAUUUAUUUACAGGUUGGACGCUGGACUCAUCAAAAUCAAGGGUACUCCCAUAGUCUUCUGUAGGUUCUUGCCAGACAUCCCAGAGGGAAACAUUGCUGCUUGUGUUGUCCCUUAAGUAUUUUUGUUCUGAGUUGUUACCCAGUGCUCUUGUUUGGUUCUAUUCACCCUGCGUUAAGGAACAAAUAGUCCAGCUUAAUUUGAAUAUUUUAUUUAAGCCUUCUGGAAAGUACCUAUAAAACAAGUGUGAAGGAACAUGGGUCAAAACACAGACAGGUGUCAAACUGUAACCAGAAAAAGGUUCGUGUUCUUAAAGGGAAAAACUAAUGGGCUUUUAUUAGCUGCACCAUGUUUCCAUUCAUUGUGCAAACUAUUUGGCUGUAAUGACAUUCUUGUUCUCUGGCUUCAUACAGUGCCUACCUCAACGCUGGCUGGUUUUGAGGGAAUAAUGCAAUAAAUGUGUUUAAUAAUAUUCUUUUAAGAAGCUGAUAUGUUGCAGCUUGGCUACAAAAUUACCCAGUAUUCAUUGGACUUGGAAAGUAAAGCUCUGAUGAAGAGACUGAAAAAAGCCAGGAGGGCAUCAGUUCUCUCACCUUGAGCAGCAAUUCAGAAAAGCCCCCAUGUGUUACCAGAUACUGCGGUGUUGUAGCCUCUCUAAAGAAAUCUCUAAAGAAAUCCCCAAAUAAAUCCUGGUAAUGAUUUAAAGAAAUAUGUAAGUACAUGUAAGUGGAGUUUUUUUGACUUUUUACUGAGUUGUUUUCCAGGUUUCAUUUGCUGUUCUCAGCACUUUGUUUCCUUUCUUUCUUCUGUAACUGAGGUGAGAGUCCUGAUGCAGGAGGGAUAGAAAGAAAUAAGAUGGAACUUUUGGAAUAAAGUCUUCAAUGAAAAUACUAUAAGGACUGAGAUUGCCUUGAGUUUACUCUGGUGAAAGAACAAGAGACUGGAGUGCUUCCUGUAACCGCUUUUAGACAUGUUUGCAUGGGCAUCACGUCCCUACACACAGUAAUUUAUCCCAGUACUGACAUUCCUUGUGUUUCUAGUUUGAGUAUGUAGAAGAUCUACAGAUCAGAGCUGCUUAUUUUGGACGCUGUUUGUCGCAUCCAUGUAGUAUCCAUCCUCAUUACUUCAGUCAGUUGCUAUCCUGACAGUGAAAGGAAGCUGCUGUGGUCAUUCAUUAACAGGUUGCUCAGGGAGGCUGUGGAUGCCCCAUCCCUGGAGGCAUUCAAGGCCAGGCUGGAUGUGGCUCUGGGCAGCCUGGUCUGGUGGUUGGCGACCCUGCACAUAGCAGAGGGGUUGAAACUGGAUGAUCAUUGUGUCCCUUUUCAACCCAGGCCAUUCUAUGAUUCCCAUACUGUCUGUUCCCCAGGGGCUGCAGUGCUGCACAGUUCUGAGGCUGUCACUGUGAGGAGGAGGUGACAUUUCUGUGAUGCACACAUGUGCUGUGGGCAGUUUGGUAAAUGUCUCUACCCUUACACUGGGACACAGGAGCUGUAACAAACUCACUGUUUGUUUUUUUGUUUGUUUGUUUUUUAAGAUGUAGCAUGGAUGGAAAAAGCUAGAAUUAGAGUGCAGGCUGUCAGUUUCCUGGGAGAGGUAACAGCAAAUUCAUUUUCCAAAACAUGGUGCUAAAAGAGACAAGAAAUAUACAGUAGGAAGGAUUAGCUGCUAAGGGGUCUCGUCUGUACGAUAAAGGAGGGGUACCCUUUUGCCUUAAGAUUUUAUAACUCUUAAUAGAAUCAGUAAUUCCUUUUAACACUUCUUUGUGACUGAUGCUUUUAGCACUGUUUAAUGUUUUAUGUGAUACAGGGACGUAGAACAUGAUUUGUGCCCUGAAAAACAAUUAGAAGCCUUUAUCUGCAGCCAAGGCAUUCUCAUGCUUGUGAGUGAGCCCUUUCCAAGUUCAGAAUGGUUAAACUGCAGAGACGAAAAGAAAUGUUAUAAAGCCUGAUGAAAAAAUGCACAUAUGGGUCAUUUUUAAACACUUCUGGCUUUUCACCUGUUCAGUGGAAACAAAGCCUUCAAAAACCUUCUUCAGACCCUUUUAGUAUGUGGUGUAUGUGGGAAGAAAUGAUUUGCUUCUCCCAUCGAGCCAUGGGAAUGAGUGCCGAGUUUAACUGUUUUUCAGGACGGCUUUAACUGUGAUAUUGGGACGAGAGCCUUUGUAAUUGAAACUCAAAAUCUGCUUGAAGAAAAGCUCUGUAUAGCAACUCUCUUACAUCAUGGUUUUUAUUAUAUUAUGAUUAAAUGUAACAUGAUAACAUAAACUCAGCUCUUGCCUUAAACUGCCUGUUUUACUUGGCACUUGGGCUGUUGUUGCUGGCCCGUUCUCAGCGAGCUUGUCAUUUUCAUACAUCCUGUUUGCUUACCUUCAAAAUGAACAUCUCUUUAGGAAAUCCUAUUUAUUCAAGCUCAGUUCACUUGGUGUGGGUUAGGGUUGAGCACCCUGCCUGGGGCGUGCAGGGCUCUGGUUCCAUUAUGCCACAGCUUUCCUCAGUUUCCCAUUUUCAUGAGCUGUUCUCUGGCUUGUUACAGUCAUCAGCCAUCUUCCUAAUACUGACCAAGAGCAGCAGGGGUUGGUGGUUUUGGGAGGAACCCAAAAGGUAUCACGAGAGCUUUAAGGAGCCCUUUGCACUGCUUCAGCAUUGGUCGGAGUUGCUUUGGCUUUCAGAAAAAAACAGAAUGCAGUGUGACUGAGGGAAGUUAUUGUCAUUUGCUGGGGUCUGUAAUACUGUGCUGAGUUCUCCCUUUUUAAUUGCAUUGGUCUUAAAUGUGCGUAUGGCAUACAUAUGUACAUAGGUAUAUGUAUGCAUAACCCAGGCUUUUGAGUGUUUUAGCUGUAAUUCUCAGGGGAAGUUUCUAGCCCUCCUUCCUUCUUCACAUGCUUAAAAAAGAGAAUCAGAAUAUUUUUUUUCACUGUUGACAAAAAUAUCACCACGAUUUUCAGCUGAAAGGGAGGCGUAGGGCAUUACGUGCUUUCCUUCUUAUUUAAAAAGAAAAAGUUAUAAGGAAAACAAAGAGCACUGUGUUCGACCUGCAGAACACUUUAGGGCUGUUAUUUUUAGUAUCAUUGGAGUGCAUUGUGCUGACCUCAAAAAUAUUAAACCUUGUGAAACUAAUUUGGUUAUCCAAGGCCCCACACUUGCUUAUCUUCAUCCUUUUUGAUAAGGAAAAUAAGGAGUGUCCUGGGUAAUAGUUUAACGUUCUUGGUCAAAGUACAGGUGUGCUGUUAGAGAAAUAGCUUUCAGUGUUUGGGAUCAGAAUAAAGGAAGCCUUUGAUGUUGGCUUCGCUUCGGUUAUUGGGUUUCUUUCUGAGACAGCAUCCUGUGCUAUGUCUGAGAUGCAGAAAGGCACAGAGUCAUCGCUGUGACAGACUGGAUCCAGAAGUCUGAUUGUGUAAUGGAUGAUUGGCAGUGCCUUUAAAACAUAAUGUGAAAUUAGUGCUCUGAAAGCGGUUGAAUUGAUAGUGCAGGGAGAUGAGGUAUAGCUCAGGUGAUGCUUUAAAUUGUACCAAAACAAUCCAAACCUGCUGUAAUAAUACAGCUUACUGUAAGAGAAACAUUUUAGGAGGAGAGAAAGGAUUUAUUAUCCUUUUUAUUCCUUCCUACUUAAUAUUUUACAGGCAAAUCAAGAGCAGGUCCUUGAGUGUAUUACAUUUCAAAUUAAUGGUAUGUGGCUGUUCAGCUUUUAUGCAGUCCAUGGGCAAAAUGGUGAUUCUGAGAACGUGUUUUGUUGGUUUAUUGCUUAAAGCAUUGAUUGCUUCCUUCGUUAUUUGAAUGCAUGGGUAGAAGAGCCGUGCAGAGGGCUGCUGGUGUGUCACCUCACAUGGCAGCCCUGCUCUUCCUGUGAGUUCCAGGCUUAUGCUCUGUAUCCAGUGUUCUGUCCUCAGACUCUCCAGGCCCAUGUUCUUCCAUGGAAAGUGUUUCUGUAAGCCUUGGCAGGACCUGUAUUGUUACUGGAGUGGCGCUGGGAGGUAGUGGUGCAGCUCCUACUGCAAUUGUUGAAGCAGAUUGUUUUUCCAGUUCCUGUCUGCUGAAGUUUAUUGGCUUUUUUUUUUUUCAGUCACACCCACUGAUCCAUAAAGUUUAUGGACUGAGAUAUAAGUUCCAUUGCAUUAUAAUCUGAAGUUUGGCUGUGUAUUAAGGCGGGUGGCAUUCCUUUGCUCCUUCUUGGUGGCUGUCCCCAGAGGAGAUGGCAGCAGCUGUAUGCCCAGGUGUGCUGCACGUGGCUCUGCUGCAGGCUGCCUUCAUGCUUCCAGCUCUGUGGUUUGGAGAUAUUUAGAGAGAUUUGAAAGAUCUCGUUAGUAAGGGAAAUGGAUGCCUGUGAGUAGUUGUGGGCAAGAGUGACUGCUGAAGUGUCGAGUCUUUGGUUUCUUUGAUUCUUGCAUUGAAUUUUGCAGAGGUUUCAGCUGAUUCUGUAACAUCUUGGCAGGCAGUCACUUACUAGUCAUCCUCAAACCAGAGUUAGAAGGAACAAACCCACAGCCUCAGCCAGGAUUCCUCUGAAGCUGGAAAUAACGUGAGCAUGCUCAGUUAGGGCAGUUCCACCACGACUGUUACUCCCCCUCUUCCCCCCCAACCUUCUUCUUCCUUUCCUUCUUACUUAAUAAAGCUAAAAAUACUUGAAGCAGACCUUUCAGCUGUCCUUUAAACUGUUUUCCCUUUCUCUGGGGUUUGCUUUCAUGCUUCUGUUGUUUGAAAACGGGGCUUCUGCAGCACUGUGCAUUGCACACAUUGUACUGCUGACACUUGAGCUUCCCAUCACUUUUACUACAUGAUGUAGCAGUGGCUGAAUAUUGUCACUGGAUUUGCUGUUCAAGCCUUGAGAGACGAUUAAAAGAUUUUGCAGUAAGUCAUCAUGUUAUUACUGCUUGUUCAUUUGAUGUUAAAUAGGUGUGAUCGAUGCCGUUUUCUUUCUGAUACUGAAAAAUAUCAGUGAAGAUGACACUAUCCUUGUAGCGCGCUCCGAAUGUGUUGAGUAGCUUUGUGACGUGCGAUGCUUGCAGUUCUCACCUGGCUGUUUGAAGUACACAUGUAACUAAUAGGAAAUGCUUAGGGACUACUGAUGAAAAAGGCAUGAGAAGCCCAUAUCCUUAUGGUUAUCUGAGAAAUACCUGAGAGUGACACGUUUAUUCUGUGUGUCAUUAUGGAGAGGUAACGAGGAAUUGUGGCUCUCAUGUCCCAGCACCUACAGGGAGUGACAUUUUCUAAAUAGAAAUCACUGCGUUACUUUGUUUAGGUGGUCCUAAAAGGGAAAAUAAAUGGCAUUAAAGUACUCUGUGCAUUGUGUGCUGCAGCAGUCUUCUUGGAUACGCAUGCUGAUUCUCACAAGUGGUGAAAUAAUGAUGUGAUACAUUUGCAAGUCUCAAAUGUGGAAGCCUGUGGACUAGGGUGGUAAUUAUGGAAGUGGUGGUGGUAUGGCUGAUGUGUUUUGUGUAAGGGGAGAGUUGAGAGUGUCCUGCUGAGCAGCUGGGUGCAUUUCAGUCUCAGCAAUUAGUGAGAGGAUGUAAGUGGGUGUGAGUGCUGAGCACAUCUCUGGGUCAGCACAGCCCCGGAAACCGCCUCUGUUUUUCUUGGUCUCUUGCAAAUUAAAAGAAGGAAGGCAACUUGUUUUCACUGAGCUUAGGUAAAUAAAAACGUACAGCAUUUACCUCUGCCCCAUUGCCUUCAGUUGAGACUGCAGGUGUGCUUUAGUGAAGCUGAUGUUUGGUUUCCUCUUGUGUGCGUGCUGUCAAGUCCAGUUCUUAUUCCUUUGGAAAUCAGUGUGGGACUCUUCCCAUUAAUUUCAGUAUUAUUUCCAGCAGAUUCCUGCAGUCUUAAGAAGCACAGUUAGAAACAAUACAUGAGAAAAUAAUAUAAAUAAAUUCCACUCCUAAGUAAUUCUGGCUUCCAAGGCUAGCUACCACUCUUUUGUCCAUGCCGUUUGGUGGUGGUGUUCUUUAUUGAAAUCCUGCAACUGUCCAAAUUCUUCAUCCCACAUCCCAAGUCACAGGAGGUGACAACCUGCUUCUGCUAAAGGCAGCUACAAAGGGCACUGCAUGUGAUUCUGGCAGAGUCAGGAUGGUUCUGUUGCAUAUUUCCGUGCUGAUAAGCACUCUUCUCUUACAUCCAUUUUACUUGUGCUGCAUUUAUGGCUUAUUUCUGCUGGACUCUGCUUUAGUUUUAUUCUGCCUUGAGUCAAAGUGCCACUUGAGGUCAUGGCACACACAUGCCAAGCCUACCAAAACAGAGGCUGGGCUUCAAGAGGCAUGAGGUGCAUGCCAGGAGCCAUGAGAUGUUUCUGAAGUACGCCUCUUCUAGGAAUUUUAGCAGAGCACAUUGGCAAACCUAAUUCAUAACAGCUUCUGUGUUCGUGUUCGGAGUGGGAUGUUUGUGCUUGUUUUGACAACUUGUUCUUUACUCAAAUUAAUAUUAAUGUUUAUUUUUAAAAGGAUGUGUAAUGUUGUUGAGGAAUUCUUGUAAAUAAGUGACAGCUGUGAGUAAAGUUAUAGCCUAGGUAAGAAUGCAAAGUGAAGGUAGGUGCCCUGGGGGAUCAGUCUCAUGUUACAUAUGAAGGGUUGUAAAUGAGCUCAAUGCCCAACCUGUCAUUUUUGGGUCUUGUGUUUGUAGAUAGAAAUGAGGUUUUUCAGCAGUUUGCAUUUUGUUAACAGUGUAAAUCACUGAUGUUUCUGCUGUGCAUAAGGGAGGGUUGGUAGGAAAAAGCCUUUUGAAAGGGUGUUGUCAAAGGAGUUUUCCUGCUUAUUGAAUCAUUGCGCCUGUAAGAAUCCCCAGCAGUGUGACAGUGAAAACUCUCCUUCCCUGGGCUGCUGUCCCCCCAUUUCUUCUGCAUGUUGGUUUGUCAUUAGAGGGUGACUAACGUGUGUUGUGCUUCUUGGCAUUGGUGUAUGUUUCAGAAAAAAGAAUUGAAGUGUUUGUUUUGAAAAAAGAAAAACACAUUUAAAGAAUUAAAUGGACUUUGCAAACAGAUGUAAGGAAAUGAAAGGUAGGUUGAAUUUUGGGCCUUCAGACCUGGCAGUGUCCUUUACUUCUUGUGUAUGCCGUAUUUGAGAGACAUCUGAUGCUAAUGAUGCUACAUCAGUCAGCAGCAGAAAAAUGUGAACCUUUUGACACCUUCCUGUAGAGCAGCUAGUCCACAUCGCAGCUCCAGAAGGCACUGCUGUGCUGUGUCUGUGGCAGCUGUACGCUGCGUGGUGACUGCUCUGUGUGCACCUUCCACCUGUUGCUAUUUUAGAAAACCUAUUUUAGGAAAACCGUAGCGAUCACCAGCAGGACAGGAGCUUCAGCACUAGAUAAUUUCUCUACGGAGAAGUACCAAACCCAUUCAUAGCUGGAUUGAGCUGCCAGGAUAACCUUUGCUUUCCUUAAAUACAGUUAGAUAACCUUAAAGGCUGGGCUUGUACCCAUCCAACCAGAAAGCUCAGGGUUAAGGCUUCUCACUGCAUCCAGGUGCUCCUCCCAUCCCUGCUCACCUGGCAAAGCAGGAGUGGUAAAGAGGGGUCCAGGUUACAGUGCAUCUGUGUGCUGCUGCUACCCUGUGCUCCUUGGGAUGUUAGCGGCUGGUAGUGGAAAAGCAGCAGCCAAAGGGGGAAGGGUGCAGAUGCAGUGAGAAGCUUUAACAUGGAACUUCCUGGCUUCUGCGAGAGCAAGUCAGACCCUUAACGUUGUUUUAAUGUAUUGUUUGUGUUUAAUUUUUUAGUAGAAAUUUGAACACAAUCCAGGCUACAGAGGUUGCAGUGGAUAAGAAGUUUAAAAGCUUUGGUUCAAGAUUACAGGAGGCUCCAAGGAACGUUAAAGACAUGGAAAUGAGAAUGGAAUGAGAGGGUGCUAUUUUGCCUCAGAAUACUGAAGAUUGUAAAGGGCUGUGAAAUUGAAUUCAUGACCCUGGAAGUCAGGUUCAGAUUAAGAAGUGUCAGGUUGGUAGGGGCUCCUGAAAGUCUCAAGUUAGGAUACGCUGAGCUUGUUUCCCCUUAACAGGAUGUAGGAUGUGGAGGGUGGAUGUGUGUACCUUUUGCUAUCUGUGUUUCAUAAAAUGCUGUACCAUAUACUUAAAUAAGCCAGCAAAGUGACAUGAUGUUUUUUAGCAGAGUUUCGUGUUUGUGGUGCUGAAUGUCACUUUGGACCACUUUACGGUUCUGUUCCUCCCUGGCACUGAGCUGCAUCAUUUGCUGCUAAUGCGGGCAUGGAAAAGUACUGCUCUGAAACACGCUUUGCUUUCUCCUGCCUUUCCAAGGGGUUGCUGCAAAACUGACCACGUGGUGCAGCGUGACAUUUUUAGAUAACAGCAGAGCGUAGCUAAAUGGUGGAAGAAGUAGUUUUUUGUUCAAACGUUUCUGAUUCAUAGUUAAACGGUCUCUCUGCAAAUGUAAACUUUAAGUAAUGACUGCUGCUGUGAUUAAGUUACUGCAUUCGACCUCCGAUCAUGAAUGGGCCCAUGCACCCACGCCCGUUGGUAGCAUUGCUGGAUGGCAGGGAUUGUACAGUAGAAAUGCCUAUUCUGAAGGAUGUAGCCACAGUGGCAUUUUGUGAUGCUCAGUCUACACAAGAAAUUCAUGAAAAGGUACUAAAUGAAGCAGUGGGUGCACUGAUGUAUCACACUAUCACUUUAACACGAGAAGACCUGGAGAAAUUUAAAGCACUUCGAAUAAUUGUCCGAAUCGGCAGUGGUUUUGAUAAUAUUGACAUCAAAUCUGCUGGAGAUUUAGGGAUUGCAGUGUGUAACGUGCCAGCUGCCUCUGUAGAAGAAACAGCGGAUUCUACCAUGUGCCACAUUCUGAACUUGUACAGACGAACCACCUGGCUUCACCAGGCCUUGCGGGAAGGCACGAGAGUACAAAGCGUUGAACAGAUUCGGGAAGUGGCUUCUGGAGCUGCCAGGAUCAGAGGGGAAACCUUGGGCAUUAUUGGAUUAGGGCGUGUUGGGCAAGCAGUAGCACUACGUGCCAAAGCCUUUGGCUUCAAUGUGAUUUUUUAUGACCCAUACCUCUCAGAUGGCAUGGAGCGUGCUCUGGGACUGCAGCGGGUGAGCACUUUGCAGGACCUGCUGUUCCACAGUGACUGUGUUACCCUGCACUGCAACUUGAAUGAACACAAUCAUCAUCUUAUUAAUGACUUCACCAUAAAGCAGAUGAGACAAGGGGCUUUCCUGGUCAACACAGCUCGAGGUGGGUUAGUAGACGAAAAAGCACUUGCACAGGCCCUGAAGGAAGGAAGGAUACGAGGGGCAGCCUUAGAUGUACAUGAGUCAGAACCAUUCAGCUUUAGUCAGGGCCCCUUGAAGGAUGCACCAAACCUGAUCUGUACCCCACAUGCAGCCUGGUAUAGUGAACAAGCCUCAAUUGAGAUGCGGGAGGAAGCAGCACGAGAGAUCCGAAGGGCAAUCACAGGUCGUAUUCCAGACAGUCUGAAAAACUGUGUUAACAAAGAUCAUUUGACUGCAGCUACACAUUGGGCCAGCAUGGAUCCCGGAGUUGUUCAUCCAGAGCUUAAUGGUGCUGCAUACAGCAGGUAUCCCCCAGGUGUUGUAAGUGUGGCUCCGACUGGCAUACCUACAGCAGUAGAAGGAAUUGUCCCCAACCCUAUGUCUUUAUCACACGGCCUCCCUGCUGUAGCCCACCCGCCCCAUGCUCCUUCUCCCGGCCAAACUGUCAAACCAGAAGCUGAUAGAGACCACCCAAGCGACCAAUUGUAGCCUACGAAAACAGCAUUCCCAGCAUCGGAGAUUUCAACUUCAGCGUAUGGAAAAGAAAACAACAAAACAAACACAAAGCCCUGGAUUUUGAUUAAGGCAAAACCAUGAACUUAAAGGAGGAGACGAUUAUUGGUUUAGAAACUGGUCCAAUAUACAGUAUAAAAGGAAAAGGUGGGAGACAAAAAGAAGAUUUGGAAACAUUUUUUCCUCCGUAUAAAUUGUAGUUUGUCCCUGUCCAGUGAACUGAUUCACUGUUUCUGUGUCCUAUGGGUUCUUUGUUAAGCAAGAGAAGUUAGUAGUUAAUUAUAUCAUGAAUGUACUUGUCUGUGUACAGUUUUUAGAACAUUAAAAAGGGUUUGUUUGCUUAGCUGUCAACAAGGAAAAACGUAAGGGAGGCAUUCAGCAAACCAAUUUUGAGAUUAAAAAUCCUUUCUUUUAUAUUUUAAAACAUGCCCCAAAAUGAGGCAGUUGGCAAACUUCUCAGGACAAUGAAUUUUUCCCAUUUUUCUUUCUACGCCACACAGUGCAUUGUUUUUUCUACCUGCUUGUCUUAUUUUUUAGAAUAAUUUAGUAAACAAAAGAAAAACCGUUUCUCCUAAUUUUGGCAUGAAUUCCCUUGUUUCAAAAUGAAGACAACCUUGCAAAGAGAUUUUGAGGAAAAAAAAAAAAAGGUUUUGUAUAAAUGAGCAUUGUGCUUUUUGUCACCAGUUAAAGUAUAUAUUAUUGGUGGGAUGCGAAAAAGGCACUAGACUACUGAAAAGUAGCAGCAUUUCAUUGCCUACAUUGAUUCCUUCCUGGUAAUGUGGUAGGCUAGCAAUAUUUUUGGUUAAAAUCAUGUUUGUGACUGUAACCAUUUGUAUGAAUUAUUUUAAAGAAAUAAAAAUCCCAGACAAAUACCAUAUGUGUAAAAAUUUUUAUUUCUAGUAACUGUUUAUUCAACUUUUAUUAGGUUUCUUAGCUGUAAUUUUUAAACAGAUGCUGUCAAGUAUUUCAUUUCUAGCUUUACUUUGCUCUCUGUUGUUUGUAAUACCGUCUUGGAAGCUUGAAAAAAUAAAAGAAAAAGAAUUUCUUUCCAUGCCAUUUUUCCCUUUACAUUUCGUAAAUGUUGCUCUUCUUUCCUGUGUUUCUAAUGGAGUUUGAAAUUAAGAUGGAUUUUGAUUUGUACGUCGGCAUCAUCAGCUACAAUAUGGUAACAGCGUUUAUGCCACCGCUGUGGGCAGAGCAGAGCAGGUACAACAGCACCACGACAAUAAUAAUAAUAAUAAACGUCUUUUGCCGAAGUCCAA